AUGGCCUCUGUGCCGUUGGGGCCGCAGCAACAGCUUCAACCACCGCAAGUGGCAACUCCGCCGCAACAACCUUCGCAAGCGGAGAGUGACCCGAUGAAGGUGGACUCUCGCGGCGGCUCCGACCCUGCCUCCAAUAAGGAAAUGUCUGCUCCUGUUGCAGAGGGUAAUGAAGCACAUGCACUCACUGGUCACAUAAUCUCAACCACAAUUGGUGGCAAAAAUGACGAACCUAAACGAACUAUCAGUUACAUGGCUGAACGUGUUGUUGGCACUGGAUCAUUUGGAAUUGUUUUCCAGGCAAAGUGCUUGGAGACUGGGGAGGCAGUGGCUAUAAAGAAGGUCUUGCAGGACAGGCGAUACAAAAAUCGCGAACUGCAGUUAAUGCGCAUGAUGGAUCACCCAAAUGUAGUUUCCUUGAGGCACUGUUUCUUCUCUACAACAAGUAAAGAUGAACUUUUUCUGAACUUAGUGAUGGAAUAUGUCCCUGAGACAAUCUUCCGAGUUAUAAAGCACUACAGUAGUAUAAACCAGAGAAUUCCCCUAAUCUAUGUGAAAUUAUAUACAUAUCAAAUAUUUCGUGGACUGGCUUAUAUCCAUACCGUACCAGGAGUUUGCCAUAGGGAUGUGAAGCCUCAAAAUCUUUUGGUUGAUCCACUCACACACCAAGUCAAGCUUUGUGAUUUUGGGAGUGCAAAAGUUUUGGUGAAGGGUGAAUCAAACAUCUCAUACAUAUGUUCACGGUACUAUCGAGCCCCAGAGCUAAUAUUUGGUGCGACAGAGUACACAACUUCUGUUGAUAUCUGGUCAGCUGGUUGUGUACUUGCAGAACUUCUUCUAGGCCAGCCGUUGUUCCCCGGUGAAAAUCAGGUCGAUCAACUUGUGGAAAUUAUCAAGGUGCUUGGCACUCCUACUCGAGAAGAAAUUCGAUGCAUGAAUCCUAAUUAUACAGACUUUAGAUUCCCCCAUAUCAAAGCUCAUCCUUGGCAUAAGGUUUUUCACAAGCGAAUGCCUCCUGAAGCAAUUGACCUUGCAUCAAGGCUUCUCCAAUAUUCACCAAAACUACGUUACAGCGCAGUGGAAGCAUUGGCACAUCCUUUCUUUGACGAGCUUCGAGAGCCCAAUGCCCGGCUUCCUAAUGGUCGUCCACUGCCUCCACUUUUUAACUUCAAACAGGAAUUAGAUGGAGCGCCCCCUGAACUGCUUCCUAAGCUCAUCCCGGAGCACGCAAGGCGGCAACUCGGUUUCGGCUUGGUGUUCUCCACGGAGACCCAAACGCAAAUGUAA